AUGAUCACAGUGAGACCCAAGCAGGAGGAAAUGGAGGUCCGAUUCGCGACGAAGCUGAAGCCGAAGCCGAAGGCGGCGGCGGCGGCGUUGGUGGCUUACGGCACCGACGACGAUAGUGCCGGGUCGUCGGAGGAGAUGGAGUCGCCGAGGUCGGUGCAGGGGAGAUGGAGGAGGAGGAGGUCGUCGUCGGAGAAUAAGAAGAAGGCGGCGUACGUGCACAGCCAGAUCUUGAGGAUCAGAGAGGAGGACUCGCAGCUCGGCGAGAGCUACUUUGGCGCGAAAGAGAAGGCCGCUCACUCCGUGGCUUCGCGCGUCGACGUUGUGCUUUUGGCCCGGUCGGUCUUGCCUUCCUCGCCGCUCAAGAACACCGUCAACGCUUUGCACUGA